CCUUGUUAAGUCAGGUUCAUGGCUGGGGCUUCAUCGCCAUUCGCGUCUACGAAAGAGACUACCAACUAUGCAAGACUAUGCCGCCUCCUGAUGGAUGUUGGAUCUCAGGUGCUCCGGUCCACUUUUGACAAAAUACAUCCACCAGAGACUCUACAUACAGUUUUGGGAAGUACCUCAGUGCAUUACGCCACAUUGCAAUCACUGUACACAGGGAAAGUGCUGAAUCCCACGCAGUGGGGGAAGUUGUACCCUUCUCACUCACUCGUGUCUUCUGCAACCUUCGACAUCACACUCCUAACAGUGCUGCUUAGAAAUAUCUGUAGUUUGCGCACUCCUACUAAGGGAUGGGAUGAGCUUCCCCCAGCUACAGACAUACGCAUCGAAGAUGACAUCGCUAGAGUAAAGUAUUACAGGAAUACUGUAUACACCCAUGCUCAUCAAGCCUCUGUGGAUAACAGUAGUUUCAGUGCUUACUGGCACGAAAUACGAGAGGCCUUGGUGAGACUGGGAGGAGCUCAUUUUGGAGCUAAAAUCGACAAUCUUGAGCACGACUUCAUGGAUCCAGUUGUCGAGGAGCAUUAUCGUGAACUGAUGAAACAAUGGAAGAUAGACGACGACAGCAUCAAAGAUAAGCUUGAAGAAAUUGAAGGUUUGAUUAAUAUCAAUUCCAAGUCAUUCGCAUCUACGAAAGAGACUACCAACUAUGCAAAACUAUGCCGCCUCCUGGUGAAUGUUGGAUCUCAGGUGCUUCGGUCCACUUUUGACAAAAUACAUCCACCAGCGACUCUACAUACAGUUUUGGGAAGUACCUCAGUGCAUUACGCCACAUUGCAAUCACUGUACAGAGGGCGGAGGAGAGUGCUGAAUCCCACGCAAUGGGGGAAGUUGUACCCUUCUCACUCACUCGUGUCUUCUGCAACCUUCGACAUCACACUCCUAACAGUGCUACUUAGAAAUAUCUGUAGUUUGCGCACUCCUACCAGGGGAUGGGAUGAGCUUCCCCCAGCUACAGACAAACGCAUCGAAGAUGACAUCGCUAGAGUAAAGUAUUACAGGAAUACUGUAUACGCCCAUGCUCAUCAAGCCUCUGUGGAUAACAGUAGUUUCAGUGCUUAUUGGCACGAAAUUCGAGAGGCCUUGGUGAGACUGGGAGGAGCUCAUUUGAGAGCUAAAAUCGACAAUCUUGAGCUCGACAACAUGGAUCCAGAUAUCGAGGAGCAUUAUCGUGAACUGAUGAAACAAUGGAAGAUAGACGACGACAACAUCAAAGACAAGCUUGAAGAUAUUGAAGUCUUAUAUUUGGAAGCUAUUUUUGCACCACGCGUGAAAAAUGAAGAACUAGAACCACUACUUGGAACAUACCGGGGCCCAUUCCAAUGUUAUUCAUCGAAAGGGUCUGUUAAGAAAAUGAUAGGCGAGAUGGCAAAGAUUAAGAAAAGUCUGUGUACUCUGACAGCCGCAAUGGGAGAAAGCAAGGAUGAAGGUAUUUUUGAUCCAACUGAGCUUAUCAAUGGAAUUCGCCAGCUGUACAAGACUCGCGAGGGAUGGCUCUCACCAUUUCCAUGGUGUGAAGAGUUUCAGUUUUUUCUUGGCGAUAUUUUUACAAGGCUCAAAGUGGUCAGAAGAAAGAAAACGAGAGGAGAAAUCACUGACGUAUGUGUUGAGAUGUCGUCAAUACUAGACCCAUAUGAAGAGUGUUCAGCGCCGAGAACAGUGUUGAUUGAAGGAGAACCUGGUGUGGGAAAAACUACCUAUUGUAAAAAGUAUGCUUACGACUGGGCCACAGAACAGCAAGAACCUCAGGGCUGCGGCUCAACAGCAUUUAAAGUGGUAUUGUUGCUGAAAUGUCGAGAUAUCCAUUCUGACGUUUGGAAAGCCAUUGCUGAUCAGCUGCUGCCCCUACGCAUCGAUGAAGAAGUCAAACAACAAUUUUUUCAGUUUAUUCGUGAAAAUCAGUCCAAUAUUUUAUUCAUAUUGGAUGGAUUGGAUGAGUUACCAUCCGGGAAAUUGUCGAUGUUUUCCAAAUUAAUUGAAGGAAGAGAACUCCCUAGAUGCCACAUAGUUGCAACAGCAAGACAAGAAGCUGGAAAAGAGGUGAGAAAAUGUUGUGACGCGCUGCUUCAGAUCGAAGGAUUCACUGAAAAGCAUGUGAUAGAAUUUGUCACCAAGUACUUUAAAGAAAGGACGGAUUUAGCCACCAAGCUCUCGCAACGGAUGUCGCGAGAUAAAAACCUGAGAGAAAUAGCGGCCAAUCCUCUAAAUACAGCACUUCUUUGCCUUUUAUGCGAAGAGUUUGAGGGCACACUCCCCGAAAGCAGAGCUCAACUGUACUUGGAUAUGGUUGAGUGUGUUUUGAGAAGAUAUAGAAAAAGGAAGGGACUACUAGAAACGAUCGAAGACUUGACAAACUAUUACAAACCGCAAUUGAAUCACCUUGGAAAGGUAGCGUUGAAUGGUUUACUUGACGAUAAGCUGGAUUUUAAUGUAAGUGAAUUGAGAAAAGACCUGACUGAAUUUGGAUUUCUGUCAGUGCAGCCUGGUGGCAGCAAA